UUUGGCAUCUAUUACAGCAUUUCGGUGGCUAUCGUUAUCGCCGCCCUGGCCGGUCCCCAGUGGCUGUUCACCGAGGAGAAGCUGCCCAAUGUUAACUACAAUGGGACGGCCAACUUUAAUGCACUGGACGAUGGCGCCUAUGUGACAAAGUAUACCAAAUCCAGUCUUUGGAUUUUGUGCACAACUCUGCCAGGACUUGAAAUGGACUCAUUCAAUUGCAUUAAAAUUGAUUACUUCCCUGAUGAGGACUAUCAACCAGAUCCGCACGAUUCAACGUCUGCCAUCCCCUAUACGGUUACACGGUGCUGUCCAAUAUUUCUGGGUGCCGGCAUUCUGUUGGUCAUCAGCUUUCUUAUCUUUAUGAUACCAACUUGUACGCAUCGGAAAUACAUAUACUAUUUCAGUUCCGGAAUACUAUUUAUCGUCAGCGGUCUGAUCAUGCUCAUCGGCUUGAUUGCUUACAUAUCUAUACUGAAGGCAGAGAUUGGAUCCAAGCUGCGUUCGCGAUCCACCCUACAGCCAGCGCUCUUCAAGGUGAGCUAUGGCCAGAGCUUCUUCCUGUUCGUCUUUGGGUUCAUUGCCACCGAGUUCGUCGGAGUGCUAAACAUAUUUCUCUUCAUCAACAUGCACGAGAUGAACUACUACAGCGUAAGUAUAAACGCCUACCAGUCCCAGCAUCCUCAGCGGAAAUGGGAUAGGGAAGGGCAAAGGGAGGAGCAAGGGAUGGGGGUGUGGGAGCAAGAACUAACGACAUUUCCGUUUGUGCGAGCCACCACCGACAAAUAG